UCGCAGAACGUCCCGCCGUUGCGUUUAGUUAUACCGAAAACAUAUCCCGGUGGUGAAAUCCUGGUGGACCGUGCUGCAUUAGAUUUAGAUUCGUUUUUCUUUGAUGAUUUACAAAAUGUGAUACACGAACGGUUGGCUCGCUCGGGUCUACGAACGGUGACAGAUUUUUUGGAAACAUGGGAAUCAACAGUGCGUGGCUAUUACAUGGAACAGCAGCAACUUUCACUGUUACCCAGUUCAUUUGACGAUAUAUUGCAAAAUGCGAAUUUUGAUGAAUUCUUAUCCUGA